UAAAUAAACAAAGCCAUCUCACUUCCAAUUCUGUUGUACUUGUGCAAGUAAACUUAUCCCCGUUACUUAUACAAUCUCUAAACGUUACGAAGAGUGAUUGGUUCUCUUUUUGUGAUUGCAUUGAAGUCCCCAGAAACAAGCCAGGACGACCAUGUGUGAAGAAGUUGGCGGUACCGAGUGGGUAAUCAUAACCAUGACUGAACAAGAAGAAGACCUAAUUUACAGGAUGCACCGACUGGUUGGAGAUAGGUGGGAUUUGAUUGCUGGACGGAUACCCGGGAGAAAAGCUGCUGAAAUAGAGAGGUUUUGGAUUAUGAGACAAGGCCAAGUAUCUGUGGAGGGAAGAAAGGAGCAGCAGGCCUUGGCCAAAGAUGACCCAUAGCAGAUUACAUGAUUAAACGAUGAACUUUUUAUUAAAGUAUCUGUAACACGCAUCAGGUCAAAUAGUAGCAACUUUGGAUAAAAAUGCAUACGAUAUAUCUAUUGACAAAACUUGUAUAAUCUAUUGUAAAUAUGUGAUCUAUAAGUAUUUGUGCCAAAUAUCUGCCGAUGUGAUCAAUAUGCCGCAAAAUAGAGAAAACAAAAUACUCUCUCUCUCUCUCUCUCUUUUGUAAAGGUCCGGUGCGGCCAGUUUGCCUUUGGAUUGUAAUUAUCUUAUGGUUUUGUAUAGUGAGACUGGAAAUUUCUCCAGACUGUUGUUUUGUCA